CCGGUCCGAAUGACAAUGUGUCCUGCGACCUCUGGCCGAGUUUGUAGAAACAACUCGUCCGACGCGUCAGUGCCCGCUUGUAGCCCGAGGGUUACGGACGCGUUUUAUAUUAGGAUCCUCUAUCCCGUGAAAAAAGUUGAAAUGCAGUGCCGUUCGGGAUCCACAAUCCUGCCGAUCGCGGCGUCGCUACUGAUGCUUGCACUUGGCCCAGCACGUUCGAGUAUGACACCUGCUUCGAGCAUUCUUUGUCCUUGCCCUACGAACGAGCCGAUCCUACCGUCCGCGUCACCGGCAGCAGCGUCAUCGGCAUCGGCAUCGGCAUCGGCAUCGUUAUCGGCGCAGGCCGCACCAGCGACUGCGAAUUCAGACGAUAUGACAACAGGAUGGAACUGGAGUUGGCACUGGAGCCGGAAGGCCCUCCUCGUGCGAGGUGUACCCUGCUUCUGUGAUCUUGGCGCAAGACCCAUCAGAGACGAUUACGUCUACACGCCUGGGAUCGGUUCGCACAAAUUGCACACCCGAGCACUCGUAUGGAACGAGGCUAGAAAGAUGUGUAACGAGGAGGGCGGACAUCUCGCCAUUGUAAAUUCCCUGGCCGAGGCACACGUGCUCGUGGAAAUAUUCAAUGCCUCGGGUCCCGUGAAGGGGGCCUCUUACACGAAUGUUGCAUAUCUUGGCGUUCAUGACCUAUACAAGGAAGGCGAAUGGGUGACGAUCCUCGGCGAGUCUUUAGCUCGCACGGGUUACACAAAAUGGAGCGACAAGUGGGGCGGCCAGCCGGACAAUGGCCAAGGAAAGCAACACUGUGGCGUCUUUAUGAAUGAAGGCGGACUCGACGAUGUAGCAUGCGACGUUCCCUUUGCCUUCUUCUGCGAGCUGCCUGAUUUUCAGGUUCCUCGUUGACUCUACUUUCUUUUCUUUUUUUUUCUCAUUCGACAGCUCAAAUCACGUAUCCCUUUACGAUUAAGUACCUUGCCUGUACCUAUUAAAUUCUGAAGUUUAA